AUGGACGCUCCCCAGCAACCAUCGGUCCCCAAGCGGCCCAGCUUGAAAAUUACAAGCAGUGCCACCGCAAUUGGUGGCUCUUCGAUAAUUACCCCAAACUCGUCCUUCCAACAGCCCACAUCACCUGCUCCGGCAACGCCAUCUCAGGGCCUUCCAAAGAUUCGCCUGAAGUCCAAGUCGCAGCCCCCCACACCAGCGGACGUCCGCCCGCCAAAUCUCGGGUCUCAGCAACCUGCCGCCACCAACGGGAUGGGUACCGUGACGAUUCCCGCGAAGACGACACAGACGAAGGCCGGCAGGAUCAGCAAGCCGUCCGCGAAAAAGCGCAUACGAGCGGAUAGCGACGAUGACGACGAGAACGCCACUCCCGCCAAAGGCGGUGCACAUCCGACCAAGAAAACCAAGAUCACCCUCAAGCCUACCACACCCAGCAUAUCCCGAGCGCCGACGCUCAAGGUCAAGGCCUUCGGCCGUGCGCCACAAAAACCAGUUGGCGAAGGCUACGAUUCGGAAGCCGAGGACCGAGAGCCCGACCCGGUCACCGAGGAGCAGUUCCUGUUCCGCAUGUUGCCGGGGGAGCACUGUGACUAUCUGCGGUCCGCGAUACAGUCAAAGCAAAUCGGGCUCCCCAAAUCACAAGGCGGCGCCGAUUUCGAGGUCAAAUGGUUGGAUCACGACGAGGGACGCCGAGCUGCUGUGACUGUCAAGGGGCAGCUCUAUGCGGCGAUUCUCCUCGAUCUACCCACUAUCACGGAGGACAUGAAGACCUGGGACAAGAAGUCCAUGGUCAAGUCCGCCGACAUCUGCCAGAUGCUAAUGGUCUUCGCCCAAGUGGAGAACGAGGAGCAGGUCAAAACGGCGCCACUGCCCUCGGCCGUCGAGCAUGGCCACAGAUGGCCACAUGGCAUCACACCCCCGAUGCACGAUGCGCGAAAUCGUAGGUUCCGCAAACGCCUCAGUAAGCUGGAGAUCAAGAAUAAGGAAGCCGAGGUCGACCGGCUUAUAACACUGGAUGGCGAAGCGGAGACUACUCGAACGGAGUGGGUCGAUAGCAAGCGGGACGAGUCCGGAGAGGAAGACGAGGAAGAGGAAGCAUACGAAGAGGAUGCCGAAGGCGAGGUGGACGACUACUUUGGCGACGGCACAAUGGGCCAACAGGAAGAGGAAGACUUUGAAGUCGACGACGCCGCCCUCGAAGCCGAGUUUCUGGACACUAUCGCAACACCAUACGUCGAGACGCCUGGCGCCAUGGCCGACGCCGUUACGCCCGGUACCGCAACUGCCCCCACGCCCAUGCCACAAGGCGAAGGAGAAGCCGAAGCUGGCGAGGAAGAGAUCUCGGACGAGGACGAUGAAGAUGAUGAGGAUGAGGAGGACGAGGAAGACGAAGAGGAGGACGGUGAUGAGGAUGAAGAUGUGGCUGCUAUUCGCAAUGUGAUUACCAAUCUCAAGAAGCAGCUCAAGUUGUACGAGGACCAACUGGCGGCUUCGGUGCAGCCCAUUGUGAGGAAACGACUCGAGGGGAAUAUCAAGAACGUCAAGGCGGAGAUCCUCCUCAAAAAGUCGGCCAUUGGCGAGACAGAGGAAGAUUAG